CUACCUAGCCUAGCCUAGGUAACCUGCACAAUGACUUCUUCUCCACCUCUUUUUAAAUUCCUCGCGCUAUUUCUUCUGCCUAUGUUACUAGUACAAGUACAUGCUCCUUCUUCGACCCAACAUGGUCCCAACAUCAGAUUCCUCAAAUGCCUCGAAACAUCCAAUACAACAUCCGAUGGCAUUGUUUAUUCCCCAGGAAAUGCAUCAUUUGCAUCUCUAUUGCAUGCCUUCAAUUUCAGACUCGCCUCCUCAACCUCCCACAAGACACCACUUCUCAUCAUAACUCCAUUCCUCCAAUCCCAAAUCCAGGCCGCAAUCCAUUGUUCGAGGACAACCGGAUUACAGAUCAGAAUCCGCAGCGGCGGCCACGACUACGAAGGACUCUCCUACGCAUCAAAAACCCAUCCUUUUGUCGUCAUCGACAUGAGGAACUUUUCUUCCAUAAAUAUAGACACCGCCAGCGGAACUGCUUGGGUCGGUGCCGGCGCCACACUCGGACAGCUAUACUUAGCCAUUGCUCGAAAAAGCAGGACGCUCGCAUUCCCAGCCGGGAUUUGCCCGACUGUCGGCGUCGGCGGGCACUUCAGUGGAGGAGGAUACAGCAUGAUGUCACGCAAACAUUCCAUUGCAUCCGAUCACAUAAUCGACGCGAAAUUAAUCAACGCCAACGGACAGAUUCACGACCGAAGGUCGAUGGGAGAGGACCUGUUUUGGGCAAUCAGGGGUGGUGGCGGCACCAGUUUUGGCAUCAUCGUUUCAUUCAAGGUUAGCCUGGCGGUCGUCCCCGAGACCAUUACCGUUUUCAACGUGACCAGGACACUGGAACAGAAUGCCACUCUUCUUGUCCACCGAUGGCAGUCCGUCGCCACCAAUGUCGACGACAGGCUUCUGCUAAGGCUUUUCCUGAGCAGCAUCAGGUCCCCGACGAGUAGAGAUAGGACAAUUGCAGCAUCAUUUACAACGUUAUUCCUCGGCAGCCUCGACAACCUUGUACCCAUAAUGCACGAAAAGUUUCCAGAACUUGGCCUGGUGAAGGAAGAUUGCACUGAAAUGAGCUGGAUUGAAUCGAUCCUCUAUUUCGCGGGUCUUGGCGGCCAUCCCCUGGAAAUACUGCUUGACAAAAGCAACGAUGGCAGGCGAUAUUUCAAAGGUAAAUCCGACUAUGUAAGGGAGCCCAUUCCAGUGGACGGCCUCAACGGAAUUUGGAGAUUCCUCCAGGAGACACCCGACGACACGGCGGGAUUGCAGUUCAGUCCGUACGGAGGAAUCUUAGACACCUACUCAGAAUCUGAAUCUCCAUUCCCACAUAGAUCAGGGAACUUAUUCAUGAUCCAUUACGGCGUCUGGUGGAAACAGCCUGCCGAGGAACAGCGGCGCAUGAACUGGCUCCGGCGACUUUACCGGUACACGGCGCGCUAUGUGUCGGACUCUCCGAGAGCUGCAUAUUUCAAUUACAGGGAUCUUGACAUUGGAGUUAACGAUGAAUGGAAUGAGAAUAAGAACACGAGCUAUGCACGGGCCAGAGUUUGGGGUCGGAAAUAUUUCAAGAACAACUUUGAUCGAUUGGUUCGAGUGAAGACUAUGGUCGAUCCGACUAACUUUUUCCGAAACGAACAGAGCGUUCCCCCGUUGGUAAUGGCUUCCUAGUAUAACUAAAUGUGACAAAUUCGAAUCAUCUUUCUGCAGAUUUAUGGAACCAUAGAAUUGGUAAAUUGUACUAUGUGUUAAGCUAAGUAGUAAAAUUUUGUCCAAGUGAAAUUGGUUUGCUGGGAAGUAAGACAUUCAUAGCUAGCUUGAA